GUUUAGGGUCACAGUGUGAGGGAUAUAGGGAGAGAGAGGAAGAAGGAGGGAUCAGUCAUCCAAUUCAAAACAUGUUUGCAUGUAUUACAUCAGUUUUCAUUUAAGCCCAAUAACUCUUUAUUUUAAAAAAGUCUUUAAUAAAACUGUUACUGUUCCCUGCACAGACACAUGAUCUAAAUGCGUCCUUCAAUUCCUCAGAAAGUUCCUAUUUCAUUCAUGACGUUGGCCUGAAGGGAAGUUACAGUAUUUUUCAUUUUCCCAAGGAACUCAAAUAUCUCCUUGUGUGACCUUGCGCUUCAUUAAAAAAAAAAAAAAAAAAAAAAAAAAAAAAACUACCACAGCAGAGCAAUGAGCAAUACAUCCCAGCUACUAUAAUGACAAUACACUAUACACUGACUGCAAACUUCCAAGAGGCAGUACAAUUGCGUAUGGUAAUGUCAUAUUGGAAUAUGUAAAUCCAGUGACGAAAAGUACAUUUUUUUACAGUAGAGUUUUGAAGUUCUGUACUUGUUACCUUAGUAUCUUCAUUCAAUGCUGAAUGAAACUUCACUACAUUUCAGGUAGCUAUGGUUAAACAAUAUUUAUUCAUCAUUUUAUAAAAAUGAUUUGUUUAAGGUUACUCUUUCGUAUGUAACGUAAUUAGAAAUUGCUACACUUUGACCAAUCACAAGAUUAUAAUGCUCUUUACACUGGAUGGCUCAGAAAUUAAAUCCACACUCUGAGGGGGCCUUUCUGUAAAAUUCUAUUCUUUAAACCUUUUUUUCUGUCCAUCUACAACCUGUUACUGCACGUAAACACUGGCUUUAGUGGGAAUCUGAGGCAAUAAUACGGAGUCUGUCAGUUCCUGUAAGCCACAAAUCAGUUCCCGUAAAUCCUAAACCUAUUUCGGUUUCCUUCUGAAUGGCAGAUGGGAAGUUAUUCACACGGAAUUCCCCUGUUUGGAAAACCAUUAAGCCAACAUACAGUAAAUCAGCCAGACGCUCGGCGGAGAAGGCACGGAGACGGAUGCGCGUCUAAGUCGGCUCCCGUGUUGGAGUUCGCAGUAAUUAAAAACAUCCAUCAGAUUAUGACAGUCAUGCCAGACAGCAUUGCAUCACGGGACUCCGAACGUGACAAGGGUAACCAUGACAAUGACAAUCAAACACACGGAUGUUUAACAAGAAGAUUCCUCUUGUUUCCCGGUUUACUGGACUCUACAAUUUCAAAAUCCAGGACUGCAGUUUAUGGUGGUAACAACUGUUAUCUGGGCAAAAUGUUUUUAUCAACUGUAAGAGAAAGCAAUAACAUCUCUUAUCUUUCCUUUCUCUCUCUCUCUCUCUCUCUCUCUCUCUUCAGCUUAGCUGUGAAGAUAAUGAAAUGUGAAACUGUGACUUGGAAGUGUUUUUUUUUUAUUAUUUUAAACCUGAAGCUGAAUGUUGCUGUCAACUUUUUUUUAUCCAAACUCUGAGUCAACAAAACACACAGCUGUUUCUUUCAUAAAAUGACUAUAGCAUGCAAAAAAGGUGCAAUUUAUAAUGUUCUUCCCUUAUUUAUUUAUUUAUUUAUUUUUUAUUUAUUUAUUUAUUGUGGUUUUUCAAUUUAUUUACAGUCUGGAAAAAUAUGGACAUUAAAGGCCCUGUUUUCUUACUUCUGCAGCAUUUCUUCUGUCCAUCACUAUAAUAACACAGCAAACUGAAUAAUUAAAUAUGCAAUUUCUGCCAUACCGCUUUGAAUGGAAGCUGUACCACAACUGUUGUGGAAAAUGGAGCAUUGACAAAGAAUGGCAAUUAUAUACUGGAGAGCAUUUUUCCUAGGGACGAAGAAGACAAAAUUCAUUUGUCUUGUCUUCAUUUCCACAUAUUACAGUUCUGAUUGUUGAAACAUAUCAGAUGAAUGAAAAAAGGAAAAAAAGGAUGAAAUAAGCAGGACUGACACGUAAUAACGUCUGGAAACCAGGUGUGUAUUUGAAAGGUGAAAGGGCGAGAGGGGAGUGGGGGGCUGGAGACAUGAUGGAGUGUGGGUCAGGUGAUAUUGUCAUCAUCAUAACCCCAUAGGGAUCUGGCAGCCAUAGGCUGUGUAUGUGUGUAGAAAAGAGUGUGUGUGUGUGUGGGGGGGGGGUAUAACAACACGGCUGGGAAUGGAAGCGUCGGCGGAGGUGAUAUUGUGGAGAAAAAUACUGUUUCCAAAGUCACAUAAUGAGUUACGGGUGAGAGUUGGGGUCUGGCGUGUAGUGGUUAUGGUCUCCGGGGAAGGAACCAAUGUCCGUAUGCUGGGGUUGUUACAAGGGACUAAUUGGCACCACGGACGACUUUCUAUGAGACACUUAAAUGGCUUGAUCACAUGUUCAGCACACGGCAGUGCCACGCAGCACUUGUUUAGCUGUCACAGCAGAAGCUGAGAGGGCAAUAAGCCCCCUAAGUGUUCCCGGGUAGAGCUAUACUUACACAAAAAUUGCUCUGUCAAAAUAGCAAAGAAACGGCACUGUGGAUAUGCACGUACGACGCAGGUUAAAUGUAUGGGACAACACCCAACCGCUCCCUACCGCGCUCCACCUGAAGAUGGCGCUCCAUAUCUUCGUAUGACCACCGUGCCGAGGGUGUGCGGGAGGGAGACUGAGCUGCUGUCUGCCUCCUUCCCGAUGGUGUUGCCUCCCCGUCGUUGCAGUGCUUUGCUCCUCUCUCUCUCUCUCUCUCUCUCUCCUCUCUCUCUCUCUCUCUCUCUCUUUCUUUCUCGCUUUCGCACCCAGCGCCUCGCCUCUUCCUCCUCCUCCUCCUCCUCCUCCUCCUCUUCUUCCUCUUCCAUCUCCUCUACAUCCUUCUCCUACUCCCCGCGGAUGCCUCAGCCUCGCACCCCCGGCCCAGCAUCCCGGCAAAUGGUCGCUCCAUCCCCGGCAACUCUGGACGCAGGACACAGCGAAAAAGGCGCACCGCUCCGUUCUGAUCUGAUCUGAGCACACUGCGGAUUGACUUGAAACGAGAGACGGACCAGGCACAGAAAGGGAAACGAGGAGAAGCCGGUCGCUGACAGUGGCCAGGAUCUUAUUUCGCAAUGCCGGUGCCAGAGCAGCCUGCAGAGCAGGAGAAGGGGGCCAUGGUUCCCCCUGUGAUGCCAGCCUCCAAUGGAGACAGAUCUGAGACAGAGACGACCUCUUCCAUCCUUGCCUCUGUCAAAGAGCAGGAACUUCAGUUUGAACGCCUGACCAGGGAACUUGAGGCUGAGCGUCAGAUUGUUGCCACCCAGCUGGAGAGAUGCAAACUGGGAUCAGAGGCAGGCAGCAUGAGCAGCAUCAGUUCGACAGAUGAGCAAUUUCGCUGGAAUGCUCAAGCGGAUGGACAGAAGGAUAUUGAGGAUGAGUUGACCACAGGUUUGGAGUUGGUGGAUUCCUGCAUUCGCUCCCUUCAGGAAUCAGGAAUACUUGACAGUGGAGAACGACCGGCUCUUCUUUCCCAGAGUUCCUUGCAGCUCAACUCCACCCCGGAGGCUUCGCUCCAGUACUCUGCCAGCUACCAUAGCAACCAGACCCUCGCCCUUAGCGACAACAUCUCCGCAGCAACUCCUCAGCGCAGCGGGCAGGUUGGAGGAGCUGUGCACAGCUACAACCAGGUGACAUCAAGUCGUGCAGCCCAGCAACAACAAUCACAAACUGGGGCAGGAUCAGGUAUCUACUACUCCAGCUCCACAUUGCCUGCCCAGCGUGUCAGUUCCCCUCUGUCUGGAGGAGGAGGUGGCCAAGGGUCCGGUUCUCCUAGUAAGCUCCAACGCCUUGGAUCAUCCUCUGAUACACCAGGGUAUUCUACCACUCAGCGCCUGCCUUCUUCUUCCUCCUCCUCUCCCAGCAAGCAGUCUUCUGCUAAUCGACUGGCCAAGUCAUACAGCACUACAGUUGCUGUGACAACAGCAGGAGGGGGUGGGUCUCCCCUGAGGGUGGCAUCUCCACCCAACUCUACAGCAGCAGGGGGAGGGGCCAGCUCAUCAUCGUCCCCUCUUCACCAGAUGAGUUCAGGCAUAGGGAGCUAUGCCACUCUGUCUCCCAAAAAGGCUGGCAUCCACCACGCUUCUGACCAGUACAAGAUCUCCCACGAGCUCUACGCUACUGCCACACUGCAGAGACCUGGCAGUCUGGCAGGCUCUCGUGGUUCCUACAGUAGUCAGCACAGUCAGGAGCCCCUUCGGCCCUUGGGGUCCCCAGAGCACCACAUAGAUCCCAUCUAUGAAGAACGUGUCUACCACAACAAGGGCCCUAUGAGGAGCCUUAGCCAGAGCCAGGGGCCGGACACAGGCCCCUAUCGUAACAACACCGCUCCCUCCUCCCCUGGUGUCGACUCCGCCCCUUUACAGCGCACAGGAAGUCACGGCACAGGGACAGGAAACUACAGCCGAGGCGGGACUAACAACUAUGCCACAGUGGGGCCAGGCUACACCUCAAGCGGAGGUGGUGGAGGCGGAGACGUGUAUGGCUCAGACCCCUAUGUGGCAGACCCCUACCGCACCCUGCAGUACUGCCCCUCAGUGGUGGAAUCGCCCUACAGCAAGUCUGGACCAGCCCUGCCGCCCGAAGGCAGCCUGCAGCGUUCACCUUCCAUCGAUUCGAUUCAGAAAGACCCAAGAGAGUUUGGGUGGAGAGAUCCGGAGCUGCCAGAGGUGAUCCAGAUGUUACAGCACCAGUUCCCAUCGGUGCAGUCCAAUGCAGCAGCCUACCUACAGCAUCUCUGCUUCGGAGACAACAAGAUCAAAGCCGAGAUCCGUAGACAGGGAGGCAUUCAGCUGCUGGUUGAUCUGCUGGACCACAGGAUGGGUGAGGUUCACCGCAGCGCCUGCGGAGCCCUGAGGAACCUGGUGUACGGCAAAGCCAACGAUGAGAAUAAAGUAGCUCUGAAGAACUGUGGGGGGAUUCCUGCCUUGGUCCGUCUGCUGAGAAAGACCGGAGACGUAGAGAUCAGAGAGCUGGUCACAGGCGUGCUGUGGAACCUGUCAUCAUGUGAUGCUCUAAAGAUGCCAAUCAUCCAGGACGCUCUUGCCGUUCUGACCAAUAGCGUCAUCAUACCCCACUCUAACUGGGACUCCUCCCCCAAUCACCAUGAUGACCGCAAGCUCCACCUCCAUACCUCCCAGGUGCUGCGCAAUGCUACAGGGUGCCUCAGGAAUGUAAGCUCCGCAGGUGAGGAGGCAAGACGAAGGAUGAGGGAGUGUGACGGCCUGACAGAUGCACUGCUGUACGUCAUCCAGACCUCUCUGGGCAGCAGCGAGAUCGACAGCAAGACUGUAGAGAACUGUGUUUGCAUCCUGAGGAACCUGUCGUACCGUCUGGCUGCCGAGACGUCCCAUGGCCAGCAGGGGGGGUUGGAGGAGCUGGAUAGCCUGCUCUGUGACGCCAACGGUCGCGACGGAGAGAGCUCUGGCUGCUGGGGGAAGAAGAAGAAGAAAAAGAAGGGAGUUGACCAGUGGGAUGGUGUGGGCCCCUUUCCAGACACGGCCGAGCCUCCCAAAGGGGUUCAGAUGUUGUGGCACCCCACCAUCGUCAAGCCCUACCUCACCCUGCUGUCUGAAUGCUCAAAUCCAGACACCCUGGAGGGAGCAGCCGGUGCUCUGCAGAACCUGGCCGCAGGCAGUUGGAAGUGGUCGGUGUACAUCCGGGCGGCUGUCCGCAAGGAGAAAGGCCUUCCAAUCCUAGUGGAGUUACUGAGGAUAGACAAUGACAAAGUGGUGUGUGCCGUGGCCACCGCUCUCAGAAAUAUGGCCCUGGACAUAAGGAACAAGGAACUCAUUGGUAAAUAUGCCAUGAGAGAUUUGAUCCAUCGGUUACCAGGCAGUAGUAGCAGCAGCAACAAUAAUGCCACCAGCAGUGGGACCUCUGGAACCACAGGCCCCCCCAGCAAGGCCAUGUCAGACGAUACGGUAACUGCCAUCUGCUGCGCACUGCACGAAGUCAUCACCAAGAACAUGGAGAAUGCCAAAGCUCUGCGCGAUGCUGGCGGCAUAGAAAAACUUAUUGGCAUCGCCCGCAGCAAAGGAGACAAACACUCAGCAAAGGUGGUAAAGGCAGCCUCUCAGGUUCUCAGCAGUAUGUGGCAGUAUAGAGACCUGCGUUCCCUCUACAAGAAGGAUGGUUACUCCCAGUAUCACUUUGUGGGCUCUGCCUCAACGAUAGAGAGAGACAGGCAGAGGCCCUACUCCUCCUCUCGAACUCCCUCCGUCUCCCCUGUCAGGACGUCACCAAAUAACCGCUCCGCAAGCGCUCCAGCCUCCCCCAGAGAGAUGAUGAGUCUGAAGGAACGCAAGAUGGACUACGAUUCCACGGCAACCAACGCUGGUUUCCAUAGCAACAAAGGAGAGCACACAUCCCGGAAAGACGGCAUGGCAGUUCAAGUAUCGUGUGGGACAUCUACGUUGUUCCGAAACUCUUACCUGACUGCCAGUGAUGAUAUCAAGCAAAACCAGGCUCCGGCCCAGCCCUGCGUUGUGCCCCCCCAGCCCCAGCAGGACAGCCCAUCAGCAGCCGUGCUAAAAGACUACGACCCCUACCCUCCCCCUCCUUCCUUCCCUCAGCCUCAGCCACCGCAGCCUCCACCUCACAGCCAGAGCCGGAGCUUCGACGAGGCCUACUACGAGGACCAGGGACCUCCGCCUCCCCCAUCCCAGCCGCAGCCGCAGGUACAGGCGCAGGCCCAACCUCAGGCCCAACCCCAGCAGCCUCCGAGCUCCACUGGUCCACCCCGGGACCCGCGGGAAGACCUGCGCAUGCAUCUGGGCCUCAAAUCCACUGGCAACUACGUAGACUUCUACUCGGCCUCUCGGCCAUACAGCGAACUGAACUAUGAGACCAGCCACUACCCGGCCUCACCUGACUCCUGGGUGUAGUUAGACUAUGCUGAGGGUGGGGGCAAGAGAGAGUCUGCGUAUGUGUGUGUGAAAGGGAUUAUUUUUGCAAGUGAUCAGCAGCAGAUGAACACAAUAUGAGAGCAAAUGGCAUGUUAAAAAGGUAUCUUGUAGCCAAUGACAGGUAAUUAGUGUUCUCUAAAACAAGGUAAAAAACCAAGCUCAGUGGGGUUAAAGGGGGGUUAAGUUCAGUUGGGACAAAGAGAGACUGUGCAUGUGCAUGCCAACAUUUUCCUUUUUUCUUUUCUUUAGGACCACUUUAUUUUCUCAAUGUCAGCUCCAUUGUAACAGUGAGUGGAUAAGGAGCAAGUGAGAGUAGAUAUGAACAAGUGUUUGAAAUUGUGAGAGGAGUGGGCAGGGGAACAUAGAGAGAAAACGUAAGGGUAUGGAGAUGCCUAGAGAGGAGGAGGAGAGAGAUGGGAAUCAAGAAAUAAUGGGAAGGGGAUGACUCUAUAGGAACAGGAAGUGGCCUGACCUUAAAGACAGAGAGAGGAAGAUGGGAGAGAGAAAGAUUGCAUGAGGGUUCUUGAGGAGGUCAGGAGGAAUAAAAGCACAGAGAAAGAUGAAAGCACAUCAGGCACAAGACAAGAAGUGGAUGUUUACCAUUUCACCCAAGUGACAAACGUAGCACUGCUUUUAUCCCCCCUUUUUUGUUGCGAUGGCCUUGCUGCCUACAGAGGCUUCUGAAUUUGUUUUCAAGGAAUGUCAUCCUCAAGAGACUUCUUUUUUUGUCAUCAUUCUUUUACAUCUUUUUUUAUUUGUACUUUUCUAAAUUUUCACUUUCAAAAAGCAUUUUUAUUUUCUGUAUAAAGUUCAAAGGUGAUAUAGUGUGUAUAUUACACAUGUUUUUGAUGGGGCCACUUCUGAAAAUGAUUUUUUUUUUUUUUUUUCCCCAUGACUGACUAUUGACUUAAACAACAAAAAGCAACAAAAACAAGUGAAAUGCAAACACAAGAAGCAGAAAAGACAGACAUUGUCAGGAUGGAUGUCAGUGGAUACAUUUGUAUUUGCCCUUUUCCCAGCCCGAGAGGAAACCUUGCAAUAUUUGUGUUUUUCUCUCUCCAUCAAAUUAAUUUUGUGUGGACAUGCUCAAACGUCAAAAGCAGUUCAAGGCUGCCAGAGCAUCAGAUCGGCAGAGCAGCAUCGCUCCCAAGUCCCUGUCAACAAAAGUGCUUUUUCACUGCCUAAAGAAUACAUGUGUAUGUUUAAAGCACACUCUGUCUUUGGAAAAGGUUGUCUUUUCCUUUUGGGGAGCUAAUAUGUUUGACCAUGUCAACUUUCAAUGGUUUCUCAUCAUCAGUUGAGCAUAAAAACUGGUCCGUCCAACAAGAGCCACCGUGAAUAUUGUACAUCUCACUGUACAGUAGAGAUAAAGAGAAAGAGAGAGACGUGACAUUGUGCCAAACUUUGACACCUCUUGGACCAGUCCUAGAGGAAUUUAAAGGGACGUUCUGUCGAAGUUUACAGGCAAUGACUGGAUGACUCCCUCUGCUGUUUGUAACUUUUAUUUUCUUGUGUUUUGAUCAGGUGAAGACAUACUUAUUGCUGGGGAUCAUGGGUAACAUCUCCCUCCCAUAGAUGUACAGACCUGCCUCUCUGUGUUGGCUGAGCAUGUGUGGGCGUGUGUGUGUGGACACGUGUGUGUGUGUGUGUAGGUGUGUGUGCGUUUGUGUACGUGUGCAUGUAUGUGACAGGAUGUGUGACCCGUGUGUGUACACGUAAACUUGAGCGAGCGUAUCUAUGCAUGCAUGUGUGUAGUAGUGUGUGUAUGCCUCUGUUGCGUGUAUGUGCGUGUGCGUUCCUGUAUAAAUCAAUGUCCAAACAAGGCAUUCCUACCGACAGUUUGUCCAGUUUUACAACAUGAAAAACCAAGGUAAAAAUCACUAGAAUGAAUUGUUGAUAUAGAAUGACAAAUCUAUAAAUAUAUGAAUAUAAAUAUAAAUAUAAAUAUAUAUAUAUAAUUUUUAUGUGCAGAUGUCAUUGUCACUAAAUGCAACAAAUGUUCGCAGAGAAAAAAUUAUGUGGUGUACAACAGGACUCUUGUUCACUUGACCUAAACGUGGAAACUGCUGAUCCCCCACCCCCAUCCCCACCCUUUCAAUCGAGACAAAAGACAAAUCCCACCUGAGGAUGCUCAGGCUCUGGUGCGAGUUGUGUGUUGUUGUGUGUCCACGCUUCUUAGAUGACCGUGCUGAGAGAGGACCGUACUUGAACACAAGGAAAAAUAAAAAGACUCUUUGCAAUCAAA